GUUCGGUUGCGUGUUGCUCCCAGGCCCAGGCCCAGGCCCAGGCCCAGGCUGAGGCCCAGGCCCAGGCCCAGGCCCCAGGCCCAGGCCCAGGCCCAGGCCCAGGCCCAGGCCCAGGCCCAGGCCCAGGCCCAGGCCCAGGCCCAGGCCCAGGCCCAGGCCCAGGCCCAGGCCCAGGCCCAGGCCCAGGCCCAGGCCCAGGCCCAGGCCCCAGGCCCAGGCCCAGGCCCAGGCCCAGGCCCAGGCCCAGGCCCAGGCCCAGGCCCAGGCCCAGGCCCAGGCCCAGGCCCAGGCCCAGGCCCAGGCCCAGGCCCAGGCCCAGGCCCAGGCCCAGGCCCAGGCCCAGGCCCAGGCCCAGGCCCAGGCCCAGGCCCAGGCCCAGGCCCAGGCCCAGGCCCAGGCCCAGGCCCAGGCCCAGGCCCAGGCCCAGGCCCAGGCCCAGGCCCAGGCCCAGGCCCAGGCCCAGGCCCAGGCCCAGGCCCAGGCCCAGGCCCAGGCCCAGGCCCAGGCCCAGGCCCAGGCCCAGGCCCAGGCCCAGGCCCAGGCCCAGGCCCAGGCCCAGGCCCAGGCCCAGGCCCAGGCCCAGGCCCAGGCCCAGGCCCAGGCCCAGGCCCAGGCCCAGGCCCAGGCCCAGGCCCAGGCCCAGGCCCAGGCCCAGGCCCAGGCCCAGGCCCAGGCCCAGGCCCAGGCCCAGGCCCAGGCCCAGGCCCAGGCCCAGGCCCAGGCCCAGGCCCAGGCCCAGGCCCAGGCCCAGGCCCAGGCCCAGGCCCAGGCCCAGGCCCAGGCCCAGGCCCAGGCCCAGGCCCAGGCCCAGGCCCAGGCCCAGGCCCAGGCCCAGGCCCAGGCCCAGGCCCAGGCCCAGGCCCAGGCCCAGGCCCAGGCCCAGGCCCAGGCCCAGGCCCAGGCCCAGGCCCAGGCCCAGGCCCAGGCCCAGGCCCAGGCCCAGGCCCAGGCCCAGGCCCAGGCCCAGGCCCAGGCCCAGGCCCAGGCCCAGGCCCAGGCCCAGGCCCAGGCCCAGGCCCAGGCCCAGGCCCAGGCCCAGGCCCAGGCCCAGGCCCAGGCCCAGGCCCAGGCCCAGGCCCAGGCCCAGGCCCAGGCCCAGGCCCAGGCCCAGGCCCAGGCCCAGGCCCAGGCCCAGGCCCAGGCCCAGGCCCAGGCCCAGGCCCAGGCCCAGGCCCAGGCCCAGGCCCAGGCCCAGGCCCAGGCCCAGGCCCAGGCCCAGGCCCAGGCCCAGGCCCAGGCCCAGGCCCAGGCCCAGGCCCAGGCCCAGGCCCAGGCCCAGGCCCAGGCCCAGGCCCAGGCCCAGGCCCAGGCCCAGGCCCAGGCCCAGGCCCAGGCCCAGGCCCAGGCCCAGGCCCAGGCCCAGGCCCAGGCCCAGGCCCAGGCCCAGGCCCAGGCCCAGGCCCAGGCCCAGGCCCAGGCCCAGGCCCAGGCCCAGGCCCAGGCCCAGGCCCAGGCCCAGGCCCAGGCCCAGGCCCAGGCCCAGGCCCAGGCCCAGGCCCAGGCCCAGGCCCAGGCCCAGGCCCAGGCCCAGGCCCAGGCCCAGGCCCAGGCCCAGGCCCAGGCCCAGGCCCAGGCCCAGGCCCAGGCCCAGGCCCAGGCCCAGGCCCAGGCCCAGGCCCAGGCCCAGGCCCAGGCCCAGGCCCAGGCCCAGGCCCAGGCCCAGGCCCAGGCCCAGGCCCAGGCCCAGGCCCAGGCCCAGGCCCAAACCCAAACCCAGGCCCAAACCCAGGCCCAGGCCCAGGCCCAAACCCAGGCCCAAACCCAAACCCAAACCCAAACCCAAACCCAAACCCAAACCCAAACCCAAACCCAAAACCCAAACCCAAACCCAAACCCAAACCCAAACCCAAACCCAAACCCAAACCCAAACCCAAACCCAAACCCAAACCCAAACCCAAACCCAAACCCAAACCCAAACCCAAACCCAAACCCAAACCCAAACCCAAACCCAAACCCAAACCCAAACCCAAACCCAAACCCAAACCCAAACCCAAACCCAAACCCAAACCCAAACCCAAACCCAAACCCAAACCCAAACCCAAACCCAAACCCAAACCCAAACCCAAACCCAAACCCAAACCCAAACCCAAACCCAAACCCAAACCCAAACCCAAACCCAAACCCAAACCCAAACCCAAACCCAAACCCAAACCCAAACCCAAACCCAAACCCAAACCCAAACCCAAACCCAAACCCAAACCCAAACCCAAACCCAAACCCAAACCCAAACCCAAACCCAAACCCAAACCCAAACCCAAACCCAAACCCAAACCCAAACCCAAACCCAAACCCAAACCCAAACCCAAACCCAAACCCAAACCCAAACCCAAACCCAAACCCAAACCCAAACCCAAACCCAAACCCAAACCCAAACCCAAACCCAAACCCAAACCCAAACCCAAACCCAAACCCAAACCCAAACCCAAACCCAAACCCAAACCCAAACCCAAACCCAAACCCAAACCCAAACCCAAACCCAAACCCAAACCCAAACCCAAACCCAAACCCAAACCCAAACCCAAACCCAAACCCAAACCCAAACCCAAACCCAAACCCAAACCCAAACCCAAACCCAAACCCAAACCCAAACCCAAACCCAAACCCAAACCCAAACCCAAACCCAAACCCAAACCCAAACCCAAACCCAAACCCAAACCCAAACCCAAACCCAAACCCAAACCCAAACCCAAACCCAAACCCAAACCCAAACCCAAACCCAAACCCAAACCCAAACCCAAACCCAAACCCAAACCCAAACCCAAACCCAAACCCAAACCCAAACCCAAACCCAAACCCAAACCCAAACCCAAACCCAAACCCAAACCCAAACCCAAACCCAAACCCAAACCCAAACCCAAACCCAAACCCAAACCCAAACCCAAACCCAAACCCAAACCCAAACCCAAACCCAAACCCAAACCCAAACCCAAAAGAUUCAUCUCAUGA